AUGAUGAUGAUGAUGAUUGGAAUCCGAACGGCGAGUGUAGUGCGCGUGAAGCGGCUCCUGUGAACCUCAGUAUGUUGAUGCCUUAAUAACAAGUGUUCAAUUUACGCGCCAAUUGCAGGAGCACUCAAGGAGAGAAGCAAAUCUGUGAGAUGGUUCGGUAAAUGUCGAUGUAAUGGAUUUGACUAAAAUGGGUGCGAUCCACCUCCAGAACCCCGGCCACCCCACGUCGCUCCUGCAGAAGGCCAACCAGAUGCGCCUCUCUGGGACAUUGUGUGAUGUGGUCAUCAUGGUCGACAGCCAGGAGUUCCAUGCCCACAGAACCGUGCUCGCGUGUGCUAGUAAGAUGUUUGAGAUCCUGUUCCACCGCAACAGCCAACAUUACACUCUGGACUUCCUCUCACCAAAGACCUUCCAGCAGAUUUUGGAGUACGCCUACACCGCCACGCUCCAAGCCAGGCUGGAAGACCUGGACGACCUGCUGUACGCCGCAGAGAUUCUGGAGAUAGAAUACUUGGAGGAGCAAUGCCUGAGGAUCUUGGAAACCAUCCAGGCGUCCGAAGACAACGACACAGACGUGAACAUGAAUGAGAACGGUGCAGAAGAUGUCGAUGACCGCAGGAUCAAGUACCUUAAGAGCACAUUUAUCUCUAAAAAGCAUUCCAUACAGGACGCCGGCUAUGGUGCUGCCGCCGCCCGCCACCGCCUGGCCCUGGUGAGCAUGGUCGAUUCGAGACCUUCAGAGUCCGCCCAGCUGGGUCUUUCAACCGUCAGUCCGACUAAAGCGGCGGUAGAGGGCCUGAUGAGCAUGGGUCAGUCCGUCCUCCAAGGCAACGUGGCUCAGAGUUUCUCCCAUAACCUUGGUAAGGCAUCUCCAUUGCUAGAUAAGAUCAAAACCGAGAUGAUGCAGGUAGACGAGGACUACCAACACGAAGGCGGCUUCCCCAGGAACGGGGAGGGCGGCGGAGACUCCAGGCAGCACCGGGACACUCCCGGAACCCCGACCCGAGGCAGCGUCAUCACCAGCGCCCGCGAGCUCCACUCCGCCGACAGUUCUGCUGAUUCCCAAGGAGACAACAGCCAAGCGGCUCUGGUCAAUAUGGCCAGCCUGGCUGAUAGACACUUCGCUUCGCUGUGCUCUAUCCCGUCCAACCAUAAGAGCGAGAGCAUGCUGCCCUUGCCUGUAUCUAUGGCCUCGUCGCUGCACGUGCCAUCCUCCCUGGCCAUGUCGAUGGAUUUCAGUGCAUAUGGGGGGCUUUUCCAUCAGAGCUUGAUUCAGAGGGAGUUCUUAAGCAAGCUCGGGGAUUUCACAGCCAGUGUGAAGCACGAGGUCCAAACCCAGAAAGAACGAUGCGAGGUGUGUGAUAUGGAACUGCCUGAUAAUGAAGCUGCUGAACAACACAGGAAGUUGCAUGGUGGAGUGAAGACUUUUGGCUGUGAGUUCUGUGGAAAGCAGUUCCUGGAUAGUUUACGACUGAGGAUGCACAUGCUGUCUCAUUCAGCUGGACCAAAAGCAUUGGUAUGUGAUCAGUGUGGGGCUCAAUUUUCCAAGGAAGAUGCUCUGGAAGCACAUCGGCAGACUCACACAGGCUCAGAUAUGGCAGUGUUUUGCCUUCUGUGUGGGAAGCGUUUCCAGACCCAGAAGGCUUUGCAGCAGCACAUGGAGAUUCACGCCGGCAUGCGCAGCUACAUCUGCAGCGAGUGUGAACGCACUUUCCCGAGCCACACGGCGCUCAAACGCCAUCUCCGCUCACACACAGGUGACCACCCGUUUGAGUGCGAGUUCUGCGGGAGCUGCUUCCGCGACGAGAGCACGCUGAAGGGUCACAAGCGCAUCCACACCGGAGAGAAGCCUUAUGAAUGUAACGGCUGCGGAAAGAGGUUCAGCCUCAAGCACCAGCUGGAGACCCACUACCGUGUCCACACAGGUGAGAAGCCAUUUGAGUGCAAGCUGUGCCACCAGCGCUCACGGGACUACUCCGCCAUGAUCAAACACCUGCGUACCCACAACGGCGCUUCGCCCUACCAGUGCACCAUCUGCCAGGAGUACUGCCCCAGCCUCUCAUCCAUGCAGAAGCACAUGAAGGCCCACAAGCCCGAGGACGUGCCCCCAGACUGGAGGAUAGAGAAGACGUACCUGUACCUCUGCUACGUGUGAGACGGAGCCGCAAAAAGGAACGGAAAAAUGGCAAGAUGCGCCCAAGGACAAUUCACCUGAAGGUUUGCUUUUGGUCCAGGCCAAAGACAGUAGGGCGCGUGGUCAAACUGAUGAAAUGUGAUGUGGAGUUUUUUUUGACGUUUUGUUUGUGAUAUGCAUUUGUGCACAUUUUUAGGAUGUAACUGCACUCAAAAAUGUUUAUGAAAUGUGAUGAGCGAUAAAGGGAUCGUGAAUUAUCAGAAAGUGUUAGUACAGUCCACCACGAGUAUCCGUGUGUCUGCAUUCCAACCUGUUGAUUGGAAAAAAUUCACUGCAUGGUCAUACUUGUUUUAUUCGGAUGGAUGAAACCCAUAAGCCAUAGAUUUUCAAACCCUAUAAAAUCACUUGUGUUGAUGUUUAGAGGUGGGGCAUAUCAUAGGGAUCAUCCAGUAGGCUAUAGUUACAUCACAACCAUGAUUUUAAAUGGUCAGGAAAAAAGAAAGAAACGUUUGGGGCGCGAAGACACAAAAACUGGGCUGCACGUGACUGUGUGGAUGCCCGCGGACCCUCCUCAUGGCAAAAAUUACGUCACACGGACAAUACGCGAACAGUUGCAGAGCGCGCGCGGCCGAAGUAUACUUUGAGCUUUAAAUGUCAACGUUUGGGGCUACGCUAGCAACCUCUCAAAGCUAACAGAAAGCCUCAAAUUUAGAUUCCUGGUGAUCUUAACAGAGCUAUUCUGAGUCAAAUAAAAACAUGGACCAAAGCUUAAAACUCGAUACACGAUCAAAUAGAGGAGCUAAACACUAGCAGAUGAAAUUAUGUCCUUUUUAGUAAAUUGCUCCCUUAAGGUCAUUAUUAGGCUUUCUAGUCCUCAAUUUUAGUGAUUUUUUUUUUAAUAUAAGUACAUGUGAGGAAAUGAACAGGGUUGGACCCAUUAGUCAUUUUCUUUAAAGCGUAAUAAAGUGCUUAACAAAACAGCUUUUCUCAGAGGUACAUCCAAAUUAUGCUGCCAAGCAACCGUUGUGGAUGUUGUUCAGGGACAUUUAUUCAACCUUAAAUAACUACACUGUGCACUUUCAGAGUUUCAGAGGCCCUUUUUUGUUGUUUUCAGCACUACAGAGAGGUUAUUCCAUGUAAUUUGCUUUCAUUUCAGUCUCUUUCGCACCUAAUAAAACAGUAUGAGAGUCGAUUGCAUUUUUACGUUCACAUGGUAACAUUUUGCUAUUGCAGGCAUUUUAGUCUAAUGGAUUAAAUCAUAAAUCAGUUUAUAAAUUAAAAAGAGAUUAUUUUUUAGAAACAAAUACCGAAAUGCAGUAUAUGUUUCUGCGGACAUGUCAAUAUAUGUUUUGCUUAAGAUACUUAGCUAGUUAGCUAGCCGUUAUUUGUUGAAUUCUGUCAUCUCUGUUCAAACGUUUUACUUGAAUUGCCUAAUUUUGUUACCUCACAUGCUAGAUUUUUUACUAGUCUUUGUUUCUCAUUUCCUGCUGAGCUGCUAAAAACCGCACAAUGCAACAGAAUUCAUCGGUAUCAGAAAAACACAUCAUCAGACCCACACGGAAUCCAAGAGAUCCGAGACAUUGAGCAGAAUUAGAAUGGCCGUUCACAACGUUCUAUAUAUUGCGUUACAUUUGCGUUGUAUACAUUUAGCAGACGCUUUUACCCAAAAUGACAUUGUAUUCAAGGCAUACAUUCUCUCAGUGCAGUAUAUAUUUCUGCUGCCCCUUAUGUGUUUAUUUUUUGAUUAAGCGGCAACGGAUUUAGUUGGAGAUAAGACUGUAGCUCUUUACAUUUAAAACAUUUUACAAUGUUUAAAUGUAUUCCACACUAUUGGAGUAU